UGUAGGGUUUGGGCACAUAUAAAAGCAAGGGUUAAACCAAACAGGACAGCAGUGCAGCAGUACAGCAGCAGUAACAGCUCACCUACAAGCAUGACCACCACUGACAUGAGCAUGGGCAAGAUCAUCUUCUACGAGGACAGGAACUUCCAGGGUCGCUCCUAUGAGUGCAUGAGCGACUGCCCUGACAUGUCCUCCUACCUGAGCAGGUGCCAGUCCUGCAGGGUGGAGAGCGGCUGCUUCAUGGUUUACGAGCGCCCCAACUUCAUGGGAAACCAGUUCUUCAUGAGGAGGGGCGAGUAUGCCGACUACAUGAGCAUGAUGGGAAUGAGCAGUGGUAUCAGGUCCUGCCGUAUGAUCCCCAUGCACAGAGGUCAGUUCAGGAUGAAGAUCUACGAGAGGGAGAACUUCGGUGGUCAGAGCCACGAGCUGAUGGACGACUGUGACAACAUCCAGGAGCGUUACCGCAUGUCCGAGUGCCAGUCCUGCAACGUGAUGGACGGCCACUGGCUGAUGUACGAGCAGCCCCACUUCAGAGGCAGGAUGAUGUACAUGAGGCCCGGAGAGUACAGGAGCUUCAGGGACAUGGGCAUGAGCGGCACCAGGUUCAUGAGCAUGAGGCGCAUCAUGGAUAUGUGUUAAAUACUUUUAUUUUGAAAUAAAAAAUAAAAGAUAAAACAACAA